CUUCAAUGCUGGGGAUUCAGAAACACAUGCAAAGUUUUAAACGUGACGUCACGGGGCCUCGUCCAAUCACAGGGCUGCUGCUGUGUUCGCCCCGGCCCUUCUUCUGCAGCUCCGGGUCUGACGGUGCCACGGGGUCCGUUCCAAUACCGAAAGUGUCCCACGGUAUGGCCGCCGUAGAAAUGGCCGCUACCGUGCCGGAGGAAACACCCGCAGUGAGUGUCGGGAACGAUACCCCACCGGAGGAGACAACCGAGGGGGACGGGAAAGAGAAGGACAAAGGCCCCGACGAACCGGAAACCGAGGAGCCGGGCGGCAGCGUAGAGCCGAAGAACGAGGAGGCGAACGCGGAGGCCGGCGAGGAGACUACCGGUGCUGCGGCAGACAAGGCCCCGAGCGAGGCGGUGACAGAGGCGGUCACCGACAACGACCAGGAGGCAGCGGCCGCCCCGGAGGAAGCCGAACCCGGGGAGCCGAAGUCCGAAGAGCCGAAUAACGAACCCGCCAUGAAAGAAGUCAAAGAGGAGCCCGGAGAAGAACGACGGUGUGCGGGGAUAGAUGGGGAGAAGCCGAGCGGAGGAGGCGGGGAGAUGAGCGACAAGAGGCGGCCGAGUGUGGAGAUCUCAUCCUCGGACGGGGAACCGCUGAGCCGGAUGGACUCUGAGGACAGUAUCAGCAGUACCCUCAUGGAGAUGGAGAGCACAGUGUCCAGUGGGCGAUCCACCCCAGCCAUGAUGAACGGACAGAGCAGCGCCGGUUCCUCCGGGGCCAAGACCGUGGCCUACCCCUGCUGCUGGGAUCUCUGUCCACAGUACUUUAACAACAGUCCGGACCUCGCCGAGCACAUCAGAGGCAUUCAUGUGGACGGACAAAGAGGGGGGGUAUUUGUGUGUCUAUGGAAGGGUUGUAAGGUGUAUAACACUCCAUCCACCAGUCAGAGUUGGCUUCAGAGGCACAUGUUGACCCACAGUGGAGAUAAGCCCUUCAAGUGUGUAGUCGGUGGCUGCAACGCUAGUUUUGCCUCCCAAGGAGGUCUAGCACGUCAUGUCCCCAGCCACUUCAGCCAGCAGAGCUCGUCCAAAAUGUCCAGCCAGGCCAAACUCAAAGAGGAGUCACCCUCAAAGGCUGGUCUCAACAAGAGGAAGAAGCUCAAGAACAAACGCAGGUGCUCCCUACCGAGGCCCCAUGACUUCUUCGAUGCCCAAACCAUGGACGCUAUUCGCCACCGGGCAAUCUGUCUGAACCUUGCCACCCACAUCGAAAGUGUAGGAAACGGCCACAGUGUGGUCUUCCACAGCACGGUGCUGGCCAGGAGGAAAGAGGGGUCUGGCAAAGUGAAGGUCCUACUACACUGGACACCUGAGGAUAUACUGCCUGAUGUGUGGGUAAAUGAAACUGAGCGGUCUCAGCUGAAGACGAAAGUGGUGCACUUAUCCCAGUUACCGCAGGACACAGCCAUGCUACUAGACCCAAACAUCUAUAGAGCACUUCCUCAGAAGCGUCUGAAGCGAAGCCUGUGAGGAGUCGUCUGUGGACUCCAUACUUAUGGGGGAUCCUUGUUCAUGGGCGGUUUAUCUAUAUGGGAUGGGACGCUCUUCAUCUGUCUCUGCUGAUCGGCCCAUUAAAAAGAAGUGAAACCUGGCGACGCUACAGUUGUCCUUUUUAUCUCUGUUUCAAAGUCUUGUGUAUAGGAAAUAAUCGACGCUGCCAAGUGUGGCGUGGAAUGGGGCAAACAAUCUAAAGAGUUGUGUUCAUAAAACUUACAUGAUUUUUUUUUUUUUACAAGCACCUAACUGAAAAUAUUCUUCGUGCCCGAUGGUGUAAAAACAGGUUUGUGUAAUCCAAUCGGAAAAUCCUGCAUUUUUUUUAUAACUGUUUUGUAUAAUAUUCAUGCAGAUUUGUAACUUAUUUUUAUACCAUAAUAAUACUGAUGUACUGUGGAUUUUUUUGUGAAGGUUUUUGAAUAAAACCAUAUUUGCUGUGAUAAUCUAUAUUAACUCUCACCUGUUGUCAGACGUCUGUCAUGUUGUAUCUGACAGAAGUCUUUAAAAUCAUCCUAUUUAUACUCACCACAUGCUGUGCUGUUGACAGUGUCUAUGUCGAUGAAGUGUUGGGUGAUGUCAGUUAUGUACACGAUGCAAAACGUUGCAAUAGCAAUAGCUCAGUAGUUCAGGACACAGCCAUGUAGUUGUUCAUCUCGCUCAGGAGAUGUCCUCACUAUGUGGUUUUUGGUGCUUCUUUGAAAAUGCUUACAGAUGCUUUAAAAGGACUUACUGCUGUUCUGAAAAUGUUUCUUGAAUCCACAAAGGCUCCUCUAACUGUUUGGAUGGAAGAAUAGAGAUGGCAGCUUGGAUAGGAAAUGGAGUCUUCACAACUUGUGAAGUGUGUUUAAAAAUAACAAACAUUAUCAUGUAUCAGACAAAAUACUUUUUCAUCCAGACAGUUAGAAGAGCCUUUGAGCAUUCUGGAAAUACUUCCCUCUAGGGCUGCAACUAACGGUUAUGUUUGUCGUGUAUUAAACUGCAUAUUAUUUUCUUGAUGAAUCCAUUUAUUGAUCAUUUACCCACAACCCAAUCUGUGAACUGACUGUUCUGCUGACUCACAUGGAAGACAAAAACAGGGUGAAUACUCAUGUUUAACCCUUAAAGAUCUAACAAAACCCAACGCAUCUACUGAGCUAAAAUGCUUAACAACUUUCGAUCCUGUCGAUACAUUGAAAUAUUUAGGUACAAUGUAGGUUCUCAGAUUUUUAUUGACUUUAGUUACAACCCAUUUGGAUGUUCUGAGGCUCCACAGUGAACGUGGAAACACUGUCAUCUUCUAAAACACUGAUACACUAGUAAAACUCAAGUAGUUUGACAAAUGCUAGUGAUUGCAGAUGCUUGUUUUUAUGUUCAAUUUAUGAUAUGUUUUGCUGAAGAAGUCACUUUUUCUUCAAUUUCCUCUGUUUUUAUAUCAUAACCUUUGAAUUUACUCAGAGCUUUUAUGAACAUCUCCAUGGGUAGUAAACUAAAUUUAGGAAAAUAUGUGAUUUUAACUAAAUAUGCAAAAUGCCGAGGAUAAUAAUGUAAUACAUUGUGAUAACUCACUUAAUAAUGGUUACAUGUAGGGAUAAAUUAAUUUGGAAGUUGCCACAAAUAUAGUUCCAUGUCUUUAAAAGGCUACGAAGCAAAUGUUUUUUCACUUCACUGAAUAAAUCACUAAAAAUUAUUAACUGCUCAUUUAAUCAGUCGCUGUAACUUUUCAUUCUCAAACAUUGUUAACCCUCAAAAUACAAGCUGCUGCUACUUCUUAAAGGUUCUUGUUGAGCUCCAGAGCUCAUAUUUUCAGAUCCAGAUUUUGUAAUUAACUUCAGAAACGCAGUGAGUCACUUUAACUUCCAUCUGGACUGGAUUUUUCAAUUAUUAGAGAUAAAUAAUUAUUAGGGAAAUCAGUGGUCAGUUUUGUGACUCAGUUGAUCAUUAAUACAUAAGUGGAAUCAACUGGUGUGAGUCUGGAGAUAGAAUGGCAUAAAAAUGACUAACAUUUCAGCACACACUUUCAGUACACAAAGCGUUAUCUCUUCCAGUUUUUUUUCUCUCUCAAAUAUUGUUAACUGAAUAUUUAAGAACUCAAGAAUUGUUAUUAUCAGAUGUGUUUUCUACUGUAUGUUGUCGCUGUUGGAAAUGGAAAACUGUGUUUGUAAUAAAAUGGGAAAAUGACA